UCCACCUCGCUCGAUCAGUACAGUGUUCGUUCGACCAUCUGAAAUGAUACUGAUUAGGCAACAAAUCGGAACAGUUUACCGAUUGUCCCGAGCAACAAUCCGUACCUGUACCAGCAGUUCCAAAAACUCUGAUAAUAAGGACGAAGGUCAGGAUGGAAAAGAAAAUCGUUCCGAAACGAAACUGAUGCUGAGAACGCAAUUUUUCGAGCAUGUUUCCAAGAGGGACAAACAAACGUACAUCGACAUGGUUCGGGUGUUUGAGGGACGGAACGUUCACCGGAGAAACCACGUGGAAUUCAUCUAUGCAGCUUUGAAGCAUAUGGAAGAGUUUGGCGUCAACAAGGACCUCGAAGUGUACAAAGCACUGAUCAACGUAAUGCCGAAGGGUAAAUUUAUUCCGACCAACAUUUUCCAGGCCGAGUUCAUGCAUUAUCCGCGGCAGCAGCAAGUCAUCAUUGAUCUGCUCGAGCAGAUGGAGGACAAUGGAGUUAUUCCGGACUACGAGAUGGAAUCGAUGCUGCUGAAUGUGUUUGGAAAGAAAGGACAUCCGGUACGCAAGUACUGGCGUAUGAUGUACUGGAUGCCAAAGUUUAAAAAUCUAUCGCCAUGGCCCUUGCCGAAUCCAGUACCCGAUGAUUCUCUAGAACUGGCCAAGAUGGCAGUGGAACGCAUGUGUUCGGUAGAUUUGCUGUCGCAGAUUUCACUGUUCGACUCGAAAGACGUACCCGAUGCCCUCGACCACACGUGGAUCAUAAGUGGUCAAAGCUCGGAACAAUCGGAACUGUUAGCUCGUCACAAACAGAAGCCAGUUUUCAUCGAAGGUCCAUUUCUGAUAUGGCUUCGAAAUCGAUCGAUAAACUAUUUUCUACUGAAAAGCGAAUCAAACCCGCCACCGUCGCAGAGCGAUGAGGAUUUGGAUGAUGUUCGCCGACUGGAGGUUCCGUUCGUGGGUAUUGGUAUGACCUACUCGGCAGCGUCGCCAAAGAACAAGCUAGCCCAUAAACGGUCCGUUCACGAGCAAGAUGAUGGAACUAUUUUUGCCAUCUGCUGUACCGGUACAUCCACCAAGGACUCGCUGUUGUCCUGGGUACGUUUGCUGGAAAAGAACGGCAACCCUUGUUUGGAACAACUGCCCGUACUAUUCAAAUUUACCUCGCCUAUACCCGAUCAGCUAAAAGUAGCCGCCUCUAGCGAUGCGAAGGAGGAGCAGGAUGGAGUGUUUGCUAAGGAAGAAGUUAACGUGGGAUCGUAGUUUAAUUAUCUUGGUAGAGCAAUGUAAAUAUAUAAAUGUAUGCUGUUGAAAACAGGAGUAUGUUGAAGUUGCAAGAAUUACGUUUGCAUCAAAUUAAUGCAUUGUCAAGCAGAAAAGAACGACCUGCAUGCUAUUGACCUCUAUUUAAAUGUAUGUAUAAUAGAAUUAGAGGCAAUUAUGUUUACCUUAUCUUGCUACAUGACGGAAACUAUAUCGCAUCAUCGGGAGCCUUAUUCUCACAGCUACGUCGCCCGAGGAAAUUUCCGCUAAAAAGCUGUACAAAAACGAAACACUCCGUAAGAAGUGCAAGCGGCAUUUUCACAAUUCGCACUACAGCCACAUUGUUAAAAGACAGACAUGGUAUACACGUUCCAGGAGUAUAUCAACCGCAUGCAGCUUUACCUUACCAAUCAAUCUAGUAUAGUCUUCAAUUACGUGGCUGUUUGUCGCCAGCCUCGCAGAAUUCGAAGACUGCUCAGGUCCCCUACAACUUGGGCGAUCCACCGUGCUUGCUGUGCACCUCUCCGCCUCCUACCUGGCGGAUUAGUUUCCAGAACCAUUUUUACCCAAGUGUCAGUCGACGUUUGACAAAAAUAUCGCUUUUUUUAGCCGUCGUUUUUGGUUUUUGUACCAACAGCCUUGGCUCCGAUGGUUCUUAGCAUAGAUACAUUUUAGGGAUAGACAACUUAUUUUUAAUCGUAUUUCUAGUCCAGUGAAAGUCAAAUCCUGUCGCAACUCCAUGCAAAAUUGGCUAAAUUCCGGUAACAAUACUGGGGCGCUCGUAGUUGCUUCCCCUAAAAAGUUUGUCGCAGGAGAGCUUUAUUAGGCAGUGCUCGAAUGCAGGCUUGAAGAUUCAGGCGUUCUAGAAUUAUAGAGCAAUCCACUCAGGCUGACAGCCCGAGACGAUUAGGGCUCGAGAGCAGUCUCUUCGGAUGUUGAGUGUAUUAACUGACAACGGUUUUCGUAGCUCGACAGUCGGGUCGGCUUUGCACAACCUCGAUUCUGUCAAUCCUUCUCCACCCACGCACUCAGGACCGGGACGGCUACAGAAAGCUGGCGGCAAAGGCUCGAUUAUGGCGGGGGGUAUCCAGGGCUUCCAUGGUACCUACUACGUUGCGUCCCAGGCUCAACAUCGACACUCCUUCACAAUGGCAGUGUAGCUUGAUAUAGUGGCAGUACUAAUCGUUAGUGAGCGUUCGCCAGGAUCGUAAAUGAACCGGGUUGAAUCAGCGGAUUGCAUACUUCUUCUGAAGAUGGAGGUGGGCGGGCACUAUAUGUUCCUGCUACGAUUAUCCUCAAAUUCCUUGAACAGUAUGCUUUGCAGCCAUGUAUCUGAAAUAAGAGCUGUUGUUGGAACUCAAAAUACUGACGUCAAUUCCCUUUUUCAACAGCGGUAGAACUUUAAUAUCGUCGUUGUGUUUUACUGUUUCUUUGGUUAUUUUUCGACCGUCUCAUUGCUAACGCUGGGAUGGAAGCUGGAAAAUUAUAUCCGAAGCUUCGGAAUUGGAGGUAGAACUGUAUAACAAUGUUGCUAUUAGCCACUUGCUUUCGACCAACAACCAGAGCAUAGCUCGGAUCUGGGCCAUCCCCGCGACGUUUCUUGAGGUGGUCGAGUAGUACCGAGGUUUGGCCAGAUUGGAGUCGAUACCGAGACCGUUUUAUUGCGGCACGAUAUUUGCUGAUUGUUUUUAGAUAACUCGGGUUUUAGUUCAGCACAGACGUCAUCCGUUUUCUCAGCAAAAGCCGUGGUAGUGUUAUCGAAGUGACUGUCGGGAAAACGAGCGAAUUUCAUUAACUUCACAUACUCGUUACACAUCUAAAAAUAGUUUUCUGAGACAAUUCUCAAGAAGAACUUGUUUGGUUGUUUUGCACACUGAAUUUGCACCUUAUUUUUUUAAAUUUUGUGAAUCUCCGCUUGUGAGGUCGAGAUUCAGACCGGCAUUUUGCAGCAAACUGCUGUUGCACAUAUUUAUCCUUGUCGACGGAGUGUGCAGCAGUGUGCGGUAAUCAAACGUACCUUUGGUGACGGCCUUUCAUGGUGCUUGUGCAAGUUUAUGUUGCGCAGGCACGCUCACGUGCGCUACUGGGAUUAACCUUGUUCGAUUUUCGAUCCUUGGCUUAUCAUAAUGUCCUUGAUCGGAGUUCUAAAGAAAAUCUACGCAUAGAAUAGAGGCCAUUUAACGUAACUGCGCCAAAUUCGUGACUGAGCGAUAAUGAUGACCCGCUCCGUCGUCUUGUGCACCCGUCGCGCAGAGUGAAUGGUGAAUCUAUGCAGAAGUGAUGUCUGUCAACAGAAUUGCCGUAUGUGCGUUGGCUGCAGCAGCUCCGAAUUAUGCAUAUUUUACCUUGUUCGAGCAAUCACACACCGAUGGUGGGAAGUCAAUCCGACGGUUUCGCUCGUCUGCAACAAUGAUGGUCCGCUGUUGAUUUAAAGCCGAAAAUGGAUCCGCAGACUAGUUUGUUGGGCCUUCGGUUUUGCUCGAAUCACGUGUGGUAUGUCUGACAAACUCGAUUGCUUUAUUCUGCCUUUUCCGAGAAUCGUUCUGUCACUGUCGUGAUGUCAGUUGCUCGAAAUUUAUCGAGUGAUUUUCAAGAUAAUUCCUCUGUAUCUUUUGAUUUUCAUGCACCUGUCAACCGAGGGGCUUGCGCGUGGAACUGUGGUAGUUCCCGCACCGCGAAAUUUGCUCUCGUUUCUUCGGGUGGCUGCCGAUAAUGUUGGUGGAGUCGCUAAAGUCCGCUCAUUUUUUCAAAACUGACUGAGUUUUUAGAUUGCAGAGAGAUUUAGAAAGAGUAGACAUCCAUAGCACAAGCAAGAACGUCCCGAGAAGCGGUUAUUAUUAUUAUUAAAAAGGUACAUACCAAAAAUUCGUGUAGAUGAAAAACACUUCUGGUGAUCAGGGCUACA